AAUGAUCCUGCUGUUAAUUGUGAACUCUUCGUUGCAAGUGAAAUAUGAAUUCGUGCUAGAUAAUGAACAUGUGCUCAGUGAGUGUCAGGAUAAGCCUCCAGGAGCGCUCAGCUACGAUUCCUUGUUCGAUUUUUCGGAGAUGGCCUUGACGAUGAGCGAUGACGGAGUGACCUUAACAGGAAAUGCCACCACAGUUUGGGAUGUAAAGCCAACGGACCGCAUACAGGGCACUGCCAAUAUCCUUUAUUUUGAUCGUGGCACCUGGCAACCAACCGUACUCAACAUAAUCGCAAAGAACUUCUGCGCGACCAUGUACGAUGAGCGACAAUUCUGGUACAAGUUCUGGACGAGGCACAUCAUAAAUGCAGACGAAGUGAAGGAAAACUGCCUGAAAGUGGCUGGAACUAAACUAAUCAUGGAACCGUUUCUUAUAAAGUUUGAAUUUGGCUUCGAUGCACCACUGAGGCAAGGCCGCCACAAGAUUGUAAUGGGUUUCCGUGCAUUCGACGAGCAUAAUGUGGAACGUAAAUAUAACAUUUGUUUCGAAAUCACGGGCGAGUUUUACAAGAUGUAAAUCA